UGACAGCUGAAAGACAAGAAGACAAGUGAAUGGGGUCAAGUUGUCACCACACACCUAGCAAGCCCUGUCUUUCUUCUAAUUGUGAGGGAAUUUUGGAUCUCAUAAUGGACAUUGUUCACUGUAGUGGGGCAGGACACGCCCCCGUAACCAUGACAACCAGCUUGUAGACAGGCAGAGCUGCAGCACACAUCUCCACUCCCCGGCUGAGAAACCUGCAAACGUUCACAGGGGAAGCAGAUUGAUUCAGGAAUGCUGCCUCCACCGACUGAAUUUUCUCCAGAGGCUCAAAAUUUGCCAAAGAGUCACCACGCCGGACACUUUGAACAUGUUGCACAUAUGAAUGUAUUCGACAGUGAGUCCCCGAUAUUCAGAAUUCCAGCCAAGAUUUCAUUUGUGAAGCUGUCCACCAAGGAAGCAGAUCCCUCAGGGCUCAGAGAUAAGAAAGCCAUCGCAUCGGACCUGACACGGGAAAGUGACUUUUGUUCCAAACUUAUAGAACAAGUGAAACUGGACAUGCGCUUAAAUGACAGAGAAGACAAAAGCGGACCAGAAAAUUCUACAACAUCCUGCUCAUCAGCCAAAGAGAAAAGAAAGAGCAGAGAAAAACGAGAGGAAAAUGCAAACAAAAUUCAAGGGCAAAAAGAUGACAAUGAUGAUGCAGAAUGGGCCAAAGCCAAAGGAAAGGUUGAAGAAUUCUUGGAUUUUCCUGGAGUCUUUGCUGCUAUUGCCUUUAGAGAUGAAACAAAAGCCAAACAACCUUCACAAAGCUCUGCAAGAAAUGAUGGACCAGUGUCUCAGUAUCAGCCAAACACCAUUCCCAACACCAGACACAAUGCAAUCUUCUUGAGAGACUAUGAAAAAGCUGCCGAGGCCAUACUGUGGAAUCCUUCUUAUCAGAAGGGCGAUCAACCUCAAGUGAUGGACUCUCAAAGGUCUACCACAAAAUCUCAAGGCCAUGGUACAAAGAUGGUGAAGAAACAUAAGAGCCUUGUAGACAGCGUAGUACCAGAGUCCAAUACUGUUACUGAAAGAUGACCCUGUGGAGAAGUUCUUUUGUGUCAUUGUACUGUGUAUAUGUGUAUUAUGGGAUAUGGUCAUUUAUGUUGCAUUAUACUGUAUAACAGAGACCUUUAUAACUUGAGAAGUUUUCCACCUAAAUUUAUUUCUUGAAUUUUUUUUGAGCCUCAUUGUCCCCUCUCUGCCCUUCAGAUCUUAGCUCAGACUUGAAUAAUUUCCAGUUGUUAUGGAGCAUAUCAUAACAACUAGUCGGUCUCAGGGAAAAACACAUCAUGUAAGUCCCCAGCUCACCUUGUUUUAGCAUAUAGAUUUUUCUAAAUAUAGGUUUAGGCGGAGAACCACUUUAAGUUUGAUUACCUCUUUAAAUUGCAUAUGCAUCCAUUCAGUUACUGAUUAAAAUAUUUUGGAA